AUGAAUGAGGAGAAUGAAUGGGAUCAGAGGGUGGAAGCUGCUGUGGUGAAGGGGCCAGUGGAGAGGGUUAGUCAGGAAGAAGUAGUGGAGGCAAUGAAGGAAAUGAAAACAGGAAAGGUAGCUGAUCUAUCAGAAGUAAGUGUGGAAAUGAUAACUGCAAGUGGAGAGAUAGGGAUUGUUGUGAUGUUGGAGCUCUGCCAAGGUGUGCUGGAUGGAAGAGGAAUGUCAGAUGAUUGGGCACCAAGUGUGGUGGUACCGAUCUUCAAGGUGAUGAGUUGUGGGGCAUAUAGGGGAGUGAAGUUACUGGAUCAUGCAAUGAAGAUUGUAGAAAGGGUAUUGGAAAGAAGAAUUCAGAAAACAAUGGAUGUGGAUAAGAUGCAAUUUGCUUUUAUGCCAGGAAAGGGGAUAAUGGAUGCAAUGUUCAUUGUAAGGAGAUUGCAGGAGGAAUACCGAGAUAAGGAGAAGGAGUUAUACUUGUGCAUUGUUGAUCUGGAGAAGGCAUUUGAUAGGAUUUCAAGGAAGGUGAUUGAAUGA